UUCUAGUCAAAAAAUUUUCACGGACAGGUAGUCGCGCAGUUGACCUCAAUACGGAACCGUUACAUUUCGAUCAAAUAUAUGUUAGUAUAAAGAUUUGUUAUCUCAGUUCGAUCGUAGUUACAGAAAAAAGGAUAAGUUGUGCAAACGUGCAUGAGAACUCUCGAAAACCAGCCUGAAAUGACGUAGCUAGUGGAUCCCAGACUAGCCCGUACGUGUUAAAUCAGUGUUGCUCACUGUUGGUGAUCUGCAAACUAAUAGCCUAUAGUGAUUCACUGAUCGCUUAUCACUUCGUGAAACCGCUAACCGUGGCACAUAUCGAACAAAAGUGCGAGAGUGUCAUUUAGUAACGAAAACACCGACUAACGAUGGUCGUUAAAAUCUACAUAUCGGGCAUCAGCGGAAACAAAGAAGUAAAAAAAAGACAACAACGGGUAUUAAUGAUAUUAGAUAGCAAAAAUGUAGAAUAUGAAACAAUUGAUAUAACGGAACCAGGGAAAGAAAUGGAAAAAGAAUUUAUGCAAGCUAAUAGUAUCGCGAGAGAAAGUAAAUAUCCAUUACCUCCACAAAUAUUUAAUGAAGAAGAAUAUUGCGGGGAUUAUGAAGAUUUUGAUUUGGCAAAUGAAAUAGAUGAAUUGGAAGAAUUUUUAAAAGUAGCACCACCUGUUAGUGCAAAAGAAAAUGUACUUGAUUUAAAUCAAAGUAAGGAAAUUCAAGAAAAUGGAAAUACUACAAGUCGAGAGCCCUCUACAGAUAAAGAAGCAACUGCAGUAGAGGCAGAAAGUGUUGAAAAAAGGACAACUUUACCAAGUGAAAAUGUACAGUCAGAUGAAUCUAAAUCUAUAGAACAUGAUGGUGGAACAAAUACUGAAGAAUCUGCAGAACAUACAGAAGAAAAUGUUGAAAAAAAUGAAGAAAAAUCUGAUGAUCAAGAAAAAGAAGAAUAGAAGAAUAAACCCAUAUAAUUAUGGGAUAUUUUAUAUUUCUUUGACAUCCUUGAUUUUUCACUGAUAAGGAUAUUUUAUAAAAACUAUUUAUCAUAUUUUUAAGGCUGAGUGAAGGUACUGCCAAAAUAAGAUUUCUGCUUUGCAGAAAGUUGAACAAACAGUAUAAACAAAGCGAUACUUUUAUAGAAA